AUGGCUGCAAUGGUCAACAUGAGUAAUUUAUUGAAUGGAAAAGACUCUCGAUGGCUUCAACUUGAAGUGUGUCGAGAAUUUCAACGAAACAAAUGUUCGCGUCCAGAUACUGAAUGUAAAUUUGCACAUCCACCCGCAAAUGUAGAAGUGCAGAAUGGUCGUGUAACGGCAUGUUACGACAGCAUUAAAGGUCGAUGCAAUAGAGAGAAACCACCUUGCAAGUACUUUCACCCGCCGCAACAUUUAAAAGAUCAAUUACUAAUCAAUGGACGCAAUCAUUUAGCAUUGAAAAAUGCUCUAAUGCAACAAAUGGGAAUGGCGGGCUCUCCAACGCCAACACCAACAAUACUUCAAAGUCCGCUUCAGCCCAUGACUGCCAAUCGAUUUUUGCCUACUAGUAACCCCUACAAUCCUUAUUUUACGACUGGAACAUUGCUGCCCACAACGCUUCUCGGGCCAGAACAUGCCGCAACUGCAUUAGCUAGUUCAUCCCCCAUGCAACCACAAGCAGUGCCAUUAGGUAGUGCCACAAAUAAUGCAGCACAGCCACAGAAACGAACUGAUCGAGUUCAGAUGAAUCAAAUGAAAUUAACGACUCCAUAUUGUUAUGAACGUUUUAUAUUUCCUGGAUUAUUGCCUUAUAAGAGACCAGCACCGGAUAAGCCUACUGCUGCAGGCAUUCAAACAAUUUACCAGCCAUCAGCUGCGGCAUAUCAACAGCUCAUGCAACUGCAAUCAGCACAACAAUCUUACGUGCCCGUCUCAUGUGAGUAUAAAAAAAUCAAUAAGACUCAUGCUUCAGCCAACAACUACAAAAACUACACUAUCUAUCCUCAAAAUACAUCCACAGCUACUCCUAAUGCUAACAAUUUACAUCAUCAUCCUAAUUUAAACAGUCAAACUAGCAUUAAUGCCUGUAAUUUUAAUUAUCAAUUGAAUACUAAAAAUCCUAAUACAACCUGUAACAAUAAUAAUAAUUUUAUAAGUAACAAUAAUUUUGCAAGUAAUAAUAAUAAUAAUGAUAAUCCAAUUACUUCCACUUUUUUCGCUGAUGCUGAUGCACAAAAAAUUACACCUACAGCACAACAAAAUUCGAUAAAUCAAAGCUCGCCCAGUAGUAAGGCUAUCAUCCCAUCCAAUAUAAUUGAUAAUAAUACGCUGUCAAAAAAUGUUGCUGUUGCCACUUCGAUUAUUGCUGCGCCUGUUGAUGAUGACGGUGGUGACACUGAGAAUGCUCUUACUGUGCAAAAUGCAAAAACUCAAAUCAAUGCGAAUGGAAUUGAUGCUAAAAGUGUGGCUACAAAUAUUAAUGCUUCUAGUAAUAUUAUUUCGGACUUAGUUGUUGAAGAGAAUAAUAAUAAAUCGAUUAAUGAGAUGUCUAAUAGUAGCUCAUCGGAUUUAUCAAAACAAAUUAUUAAUAAUAAUCAAAACAGCAUAAUUUCAGUUGCUAAAAGUAACAAUAACAAUAGUAGCAUAAGUCAUAUUGUUGAUGAUGCCACAAAAACAUCAAUUCAGUCGGCUAUUGAUGAGAGUAAUUUGAAUGCAAUUAGCUUUAAUUCUGGAAAUAGUAGCUCACCUGCUGCCGCUACAUUACCGGCAAUUUAUACCACCAACAAUUCCAUUACAACAUCAGUUAAUAAUAUUAGUAAUAAUAAUAAUAAUAAUAUUUUAUCGCGUAAAAAUAGUCUCACGACGCCAAAUCAGCAUUUAAUCAACAAUAGUAGUUCAAAGAAUCCUUUAAAUACUAACAGUGGUAAAGUUGACAAUGUGCCUGAUUUAAUUAAUGCUUCUUCGCUUAAUAAUCCUCAAGCUGCUUUAUUAUCGGCUGUCUUUUAUAAUCAGCCAUAUCAGCAACUUGCCAUGACACCCAAUUUAUAUUCAGAUCCAGCACAAUUAGCCAAAGAAAUGGCUCAAAAGAAUUAUGUUAAUGCAUUAAAAUUAGCUGCUGCUGCUCAAACGCCAACGUCAAUGGCACAGUCGGCUAAUAUGGCUGGAAAGACAUAUUCCACAAAUCCAUUAACUGCAUAUUCCUAUCCGGGAAUGGCUAUGUCUGCUAAUAAUAAUUCUGCUGCAGCUGCGGCUGCGAUGUUUAAUCAAGCAAAUCAAAUGCCUGGUUCAUCAGCAUCAUCCCAACGCUUUAAUGCACAAAUUUCAUCACAAAAUCGUGCUCAAUACAUGCCUGCUGCCCUUUCACGUCAAAUGCAGAAUCCUUACCAGCAUACAUUCAUUAGACCCCAACUUCAAACUGCAAAUCUUACAAAUGCUGCUGCAGCAGCGCAAAAUCCCUAUUUUGCAGCACAUCAACAAUUCUUAAAUCAACAAAAUUUAUUCUAUUCGGGAUUAACGAGUCCCCUUGCUAGUCCACAAAUGACAGCAACUACGGUUGCAUCACAAAUGACUUCACCAUUUGCGGCAGCAUCCUAUCCAUAUAGUGCUCUCAGUCAAGCUCAAGCAUAUAGUAAUGCACAGAGCUUGCCAACAUCAAUGAUGCAAGUGCCCCAAAUAACGUCUCAAUCGUCACAGACUGGAAGUUCUAGUGCAGUACUAAAUCCAUAUAAGAAAAUGAAAACCUCUUAGGAUAUUCUCCCCAGUGAUAAAUUAACACGCUUCUUAAUGUAGAUAAGAUGAAAAUUAUUUAGAGAUUGAUUUUGAUAGUUGCACACACACAUACACAUAUACAAAAAUAAAAAAAAUAACUUAAUAAGAGA